AUGGCAGAAGGGCUCGCACCUGUCAUGCUGCUGCUCUUGAUGGACCACCAGGCCAAAGAGUGCAAUGGUGUGAAGGUUCCAAUUGAUACAAGCAAACCAAACCCCAAUGAGGUGGAGUUUGAUAACCUGUAUUUGGAUAUGAAUGGUAUCAUUCACCCAUGUACACAUCCAGAAGACAAGCCAGCACCCAAAAAUGAAGAUGAAAUGAUGGUUGCAAUUUUUGAGUAUAUUGACAGGAUCUUCAACAUUGUUCGACCAAGGCGGCUUCUUUACAUGGCUAUAGAUGGAGUAGCUCCACGUGCAAAAAUGAAUCAACAGCGGUCCAGAAGAUUCAGAGCAUCAAAGGAGGGCAUGGAAGCUGCUGAAGAGAAGCUAAAAAUAAGACAAGAAAUUCUGGCAAAAGGUGGCAUUCUUCCUCCAGAAGAAGUGAAGGAGAGAUUUGACAGUAACUGUAUUACCCCAGGAACUGAGUUUAUGGACAAUCUUGCUAAAUGUCUCCGCUAUUACAUUGCUGAUCGUUUGAACAGUGACCCAGGGUGGAAAAAUUUGACAGUUAUUUUGUCUGAUGCUAGUGCUCCUGGUGAAGGCGAACACAAAAUCAUGGAUUACAUUAGAAGACAAAGAGCUCAACCAAACCAUGACCCAAACACUCAUCAUUGUCUGUGUGGGGCUGAUGCUGAUCUGAUUAUGCUUGGGUUAGCUACGCAUGAACCAAACUUCACUAUAAUUAGGGAAGAGUUUAAACCAAAUAAACCCAAGCCAUGUAGUCUUUGUAACCAGAUGGGCCAUGAGGUUAAGGAUUGUCAAGGUUUGCCCAGAGAAAAACAAGGCAAGCAUGAUCAGUUUGCAGACAGUCUUCCUGUGGCUGAACAGGAAUUCAUCUUCAUCCGAUUAUGCGUUUUGCGGGAGUACUUGGAAAGAGAACUCACUAUGGCCAGUUUGCCUUUCACCUUUGAUUUUGAAAGAAGUGUUGAUGACUGGGUCUUUAUGUGUUUCUUUGUGGGAAAUGACUUCCUUCCUCAUCUGCCAUCUCUGGAGAUCAGGGAAGGAGCAAUUGAUCGCUUGGUUAACAUAUAUAAAAAUGUGGUGCACAAAACUGGGGGGUACCUCACAGAAAGUGGUUUUGUCAACCUACAGCGGGUGCAGAUGAUCAUGUUAGCUGUUGGAGAAGUUGAAGAUAGUAUUUUCAAAAAGAGAAAAGAUGAUGAUGAUAACUUUAAAAGGCGACAAAAAGAAAAAAAAAAAAAGAAUGAAGGUAAGUGAAGGGAUCAUCCUUCUUUUAUUCCUGGUGGACAGUUUUCCCCUCAAGCUCUGGGAAAUCGAUCUAGUCCUCAGGCAAUCAGUAACCCUAGACAAGCAGCCUUUGAGAUGAGAAUGCACGACAGGCAGAAUUCUACAACUUCAUCUCCAAAUACCAGCAUCAACUCUGAUGGCAGCCCAUCCCUGGCAGGAGGAAUUAAGCGAAAAGCUGAAGAUAGUGACAGUGAACCUGAGCCAGAGGAUAAUAUCAGGUUAUGGGAAACUGGUUGGAAACAGCGCUACUAUAAAAACAAAUUUGAUGUCGAUGCAUCUGAUGAGAAAUUCCGUCGUAAAGUUGUACAGUCCUAUGUGGAAGGGCUUUGCUGGGUGCUCAGAUAUUAUUAUCAGGGCUGCGCAUCCUGGAACUGGUACUACCCUUUUCACUACGCUCCAUUUGCUUCCGACUUCGAGGGUAUUGCAGACAUGCCUUCAGAUUUUGAGAAGGGCUCAAAACCGUUUAAGCCUCUAGAGCAACUUAUGGGAGUAUUUCCAGCUGCAAGUGGAAAUUUUCUGCCACCAACGUGGAGGAAGCUCAUGACAGAUCCGGAAUCAAGCAUAAUUGACUUCUACCCUGAAGAUUUUGCUAUUGAUUUAAAUGGGAAGAAAUACGCUUGGCAAGGUGUUGCAUUACUGCCAUUUGUUGAUGAGCGACGUCUUAGAGCUGCCCUGGAAGAAGUCUACCCUGACCUCACUCCUGAAGAAAGCAGAAGAAAUAGCCUUGGUGGUGAUGUUCUCUUUGUUGGAAAACACCAUCCACUUUGUGACUUCAUUGUAGAACAGUACAAGACCAAAAACACAGAGCCAGUGGAUAUACCCCCAGAGCUGUGCCAUGGAAUCCAGGGAAAGCUUACGCUGAAUGACAACGCUGUUCUCCCAGAUCAGACAGUGGAGUCUCCUGUUCCAAUGCUGCGUGACCUUACACAAAAUUCUGCAGUCAGUAUCUCUUUUAAAGAUCCACAAUUUGAUGAAGACUUUGUUUUCAAGGCGAUAGUGUUACCUGGUGCAAAGAAACCUGCUCCAGUUCUGAAGCCAGGAGAUUGGGAAAAAACCAACAAUGAUGGCAGGCCAUGGAGACCGCAGCUUGGCUUUAACCGAGACAGAAAACCAGUCCAUUUGGAUCAGUCAGCAUUCAGAACCUUGGGCCAUACGCUGCCAAGGGAAAGGGGGAUGUCAGGGAUGUAUGCCAACGCAGUACCUCUUGGAACUUACGGGAGCCCAUAUGCCAGGCCACUUCUGGGUGGGCAGCAGCAGAUUCCGAAAUUGUUGUCAAAUCUUAGACCUCCGGAGUCUUGGAGAGGCCCUACACCCUUGUUUCAGCAGACACCACAGAGAGCUGCUGGGGCUGCUCCUCUGCUUGCCUGGAAUCGCAUGCUGCAAACCCAGAACCAAUACCCCCCCGGUCAAUACCAGGGGCUGGGUGGCCCCAUGGUGUAUCCACAGAGACCCGAGGAUCGGAUGGACAGGGGAAGACAGGCAUACGGCCCUGGGAGGCCCUACCCGCUCCCACCGCCCUCAGGAAGAUACAGCUGGAAUUAG